AUGUCUGAGGAUCCAAAGCAGAUCGCACAGGAGACGGAGUCUCUCCGCAAGGUUGCAUUCUUCGGAAUCGCAGUUUCCACCAUUGCUACAUUGACAGCCAUUAUUGCUGUUCCAAUGCUCUACAACUACAUGCAACACGUGCAAUCUUCCCUCCAAUCCGAAGUCGAAUUCUGUCAACACAGAUCCAACGGACUUUGGGAUGAGUACAAGAGAUUCCAAGGAGUUUCUGGAGUCGAAGGACGUAUCAAGAGAGAUGCCUACCACCGUAGCCUCGGAGUUUCUGGAGCUUCCCGCAAGGCCCGUCGUCAAUCCUACGGAAAUGACGCCGCUGUUGGAGGAUUCGGAGGAUCUGCCGGAGGAUCGUGCUGCUCUUGCGGAGUUGGAGCUGCUGGACCAGCUGGAGCUCCAGGACAAGACGGAGCCCCAGGAAACGAUGGAGCUCCAGGACAAGACGGUGCCCCAGGACAAGAUGCCUCUGAGGACUCUGUUGCCGGACCAGACAGCUUCUGCUUCGACUGCCCAGCCGGACCACCAGGACCAGCCGGAGCCCCAGGACAAAAGGGACCAUCAGGAGCCCCAGGAGCCCCAGGACAAUCCGGAGGAGCUGCUCUUCCAGGACCACCAGGACCAGCUGGACCACCAGGACCAGCCGGACAACCAGGAUCCAACGGAAACGCCGGAGCCCCAGGAGCCCCAGGACAAGUUGUCGAUGUUCCAGGAACCCCAGGACCAGCUGGACCACCAGGACCACCAGGACCAGCUGGAGCUCCAGGACAACCAGGACAAGCCGGAAGCUCUCAACCAGGACAGCCAGGACCACAGGGAGAUGCUGGAGCACCAGGAGCCCCAGGAGCUCCAGGACAAGCUGGAGCCCCAGGAGAGGAUGGAGCCUCAGGAGCCGAAGGAGCUUGCGACCACUGCCCACCACCACGUACCGCUCCAGGAUAUUAA